AUGCUUUUUAUAUCAAGACAAACAAUUGUUAAUGGUAUUGCUGGUCGAUGUUAUUUAUGUUCACAAAAUACACUUGCCGAAUGUGCUGGUAGUAAUCAACCUGAUUCAUCUAUUUACACAAAUGUUCUUCAAUAUUAUACCGAACCAUGUAAUGGUCAAUGUGUAUUAUUUCGAAAUGAAGAUCGUUCAAUUAUACGUGGAUGUUCAUGGACAUAUGGACAUAUGACACCUAAAUCAAUUGGAUGGCAUGAAAUAAGUCCAGGUGUAAAAGCUUAUUUUUGUGAUUCUCAUUUAUGUAAUAAUGGUACUUAUGAACAACCGGAAAUAUCAAUGACGAGAACAGCAAUGAUAAAUAAUCAAUUUAUUUUAUCAGCUCAAGAAUUAUUUCUAGUAGCAACAAAUAAUCCUUCAUUGAUACAAAACGGACAAUAUUUGCCUCUUCAAGUGCAUCAAUGUUAUUCAUGUACUGCACGUUUUAAAGGUUGUGGUGAAGUAUUAGAUCCACAUUAUGCAUCAAAUUAUAUUCGUCCAUGUCCAUCAAGUUGUAUUAUUUUUCGAAAUCCUAAUGAUCUCAAUUUAAUUACACGAGAUUGUUCAAUACUUUGGCCACAAGUACAAGCUAAAAAUGGUCUUCAUAAAUUACUUGGUUCAGAUGCAUUCUUCUGUCAAGAGUCUUUAUGCAAUGGGAUUAACUUUGAUUUCAUUAUUGGAAUUUUUCAUAAUCAAUUACCAGUUGUUGUACAAGUUACAACAAAUGAAAAUAUUUUAACAACAAUAACAACAACAACAACUACUACUAUUACUACAAUGAAAACAACUAUUGAUAUCUAUAAUGAUAAUUUAAUAUGGGACGACCCUGAUUUAGAUUUUGUUCCUAUUGAAUCUACAACACCAGAUGUUUUGAAUAAUUUUAUUACUUCUUCUACGCUAAUUGAUCAUUUUGAUUUUGUUAAUGAAAUAGCUCCUAGUAGUACAAUUGUUGAUGGUUUAGCUACUGUACAACCAAAUUUAACAUUAAAUUGGUGGAGUUUGAAUGAUACUUUACUUUCGUCAACUUCUAUGACUUCAACAUUAGUGUCAUCAACUCUAGAAUUAGAUGAAGAUGAUUCAAUAAUAUUUAAUACAACUUUAAUACCAUCAAUUACACGUUUUGAACAUUUAUUGGACGAUGAUGAUGAUGAUGAUAUUGAAAAUAGUAGUGAAGAAAUCGAUGAAGAGUUAUUUACAUCUAGUACCAAUUUAAAUCCGAACUUAAAUGUAAAUAUGAGUAAUUAUAGUCUUAUCUCCACAUUAACAACAACAACAACAACAACAACAACAACAACAUCAAUUAUUGAUUUAAUUGAUAACUAUAAUAAUAAUACUCAACCAUUUGAUCCAUUUUAUUUUUAUAAUAAAACAAAACAUUACUUAUUUGAAUACAUGAAACCUUCAUCAACAUUUUCUAUACCACCAAUCUCUUCGAUGUUGACUAGGAUAACACAAAAUAGAAGUCAAGUUUUUAAUUCAACAAUACCAACCAAAAAGCAAACUAACAAAAUAAUAAAUACAACAAGUAAAACAUCACAUAUAUUUUAUGAAUAUUGUAAAAAUAAACAAUGUUAUCAUGGUGGACGUUUAAAUUCUGAUUGUUUAUGUAUUUGUCUACCUGCUUUUACAGGAGAUAACUGUGAAACAGUACUUUGUGAACAAGAACCAACACAUAUUUGUGCUUUUGUACUUGAUCAUGAAUGCCAGACUAAUUAUAUUCGAUAUUUAUGUCCUAAAUUUUGUCAGAUGAAUAAUUGUUCUUCGCCAGAAAUGUGA